ACCACUGAUGGGGCCAGUGUUGCUAUUCUGCCACUGUUGAUGAUGUUGCUGCUGGUGUUGUGUGUUGGCUGCUAUUGUUCUCGUUGGUGAGAGAGCUGGCUGCUUGUUUGGUCUGCGAGACCGCCUAAUUUCGCGCUCCCCCGCUUUCGCUCCGCACUCUGCGACCCCCCCCCCCUUCCCCGCUUCUACUCUUUUCCCUCUGCCUCCACUCCCCAAGGUCUUACUCCCGUGUUCCAUCUGCAAAACCACCUUUCGUGCACUUGCGAGCGUUGCCAGGGUUUCCAGGGUUCCGAGGAGGUUUACUGGUGGUUUUAUCUUGAUUGUCGUUGCGGAUUGGGCGUGUUGCGCCUUCUCGUUCAAGGCGAGGGUGUGUGUAGGUUGGCGGAGAGGAGGAAAAAGUGAUUGGUAUACUUCUUUGUGGAGUAAUCACAAGUGCGGUGAUCUGUGUGAAGAAGGGGCAGUGGAGUUCUCAAGUUGAGUCUGCACUGAAUUUUACCGGAAUAAUUCCUGUGGAGAACAGGAAUAGAUCCUGGGAAUCAUACUAGCUUCGUCGCUAUGUGAGCCACGGGAAGAAUGUGGUCCAUACUGGGGUGGUAACAACAGGCAUGCGCAGCUGAGCAGAAGUAGCGAGGGUGAGAGCUGGUUGUAUCGAGCGUAAAUUUCCUUGACUUGCAAUUUCUUUGCAAUGGGGAAAAAAGCGGACGAUGAAAUGUCGGUCCCCGAUACGCCCCGGUCGAAUAAGAGUCGCAAAGGGCUUGCCAACCUGGAUUUCACGCCCACCACUGGCGGCGGCGCCAGAUCCAUCGAUAGCCGCGACGGGAACAACGCUGUGAGUCCGCGAAGCUUGAACAAGAGUCCUCGUAGCGUCAAAUCCAACAAACUAGAAACGAGCAGCCCUGCUAACAAGGGCGGAAGUGGCAGCCCCAACAACGAUGAUGGCGAGGAUCCGGAGUAUGUCAACGCGGACAUCACGGCCGACGAGUUGCGCCAGAUCGAGCAGGUGUUGCGCACCUCCGAGCCGCGCCUUCAAGAGCUCUACAAGAAGGUGUCGGAGUCGUCUUUCAAAGAUCACGCCGCGGUUUUUGAGAAUCUGCACUGGGACAUUCUGAAAGAAACAGGUUACAUGAGCUGGUUUGGGUUGGCCUUCACACUGGCUGGUUAUCUCAGCCACCACUGCCAGAUGGAAGCCAAAUCCUCCGCGGGUGAGAAGUGGUCUAGCCUGAGAUCCGAGACUGACUUUAUUAUCGAUCAACUAGACGAGCUUAAGCUGUGUCUCGAAGUGGACAAUGACAUGUACAAGAUUGCUGCCGGGACCCUCCUCUAUUGUUGUGCUGCCGUACGUCUACUGAAGAGAAAAAAUCGCGGGUGUUUGUGCUUUGUAUCAAGGAAUUCCGUGGUGCCGGUGAAGGAGCAGAUCGAGAACUCAAUAGCGGAACUUAAAAGCCUACAAAAGAACAUUACCUUCGCCACUCUGGCAGCAGUGGGGAACCGCGUUUCGCAGCCGGUGACCGACGGUGGAUCAAAUACUAAACGGGCCGGACCCGAACCAUGGACUGCUAGUGUAGGCUUGGAGCACCACGUCGCAACAGUGUGCGAAUUCGUGAAGAACAAGGGUGUUUGUCUCAUCGGUAUCCACGGACAAGCCGGUUUGGGUAAAACUACACUUCUUAACGAAAUCGUUGCGAAGAUUGAGAAAGCGGAGAAGCGCUUGUUCGCCUACAUUGAAGUUGGUGAAGACCUGAAAAAGCUCCAGAGCUCUCUACUCGAGCAACUCGGGGGUGGGAAGAAGGAAAUCACUAGUGUCGCGCAAGGCCGCAGUGCUCUUCUCGCGCAGCUGCGAAAACUGAAAGAAAACAACAAGGUUGCUCGCAUUGCCAUUGACAACCUCUACGAUGUCCGCCUUGUAGGAGAGUUUUUCCCCCACAGUCUUGGGAAAUUCCUCCCCUCUAACAGUUGUGUGAUCAUCACCUGCCCCUCUGUCGCGAUUCUCAGCAAGGUGGAUCAGCUGUGUCGCCCUGCCUUGCCGAAUUAUCACUAUCUUCCGUACAAGCUGCCGUGCUUGGCUCCACAGCAAGCCAAGGCGCUCUUCAUAUCACACGCUGCCAGCGAGCCGGUGAACACUCUCUACUCCAUCAAUGGCAUUUUUUCAAAAUAUGGGGACCUUGCCAAUCACUUCUUGCCGCUCUGCGAGGGACUGCCCAUGGCGUUGAAGGUUGUGGGGUCAUACUUCUCCAACCCGGCUAACCGGAGUGAGGAGAAUUGGUUGGCUAUCGGGAAGCGAAUGAAGCAAGUUGCAGAGGAGAUGGACACCUCCGAAGAUCAGAUGUUUGCCAAGCUUCUCGUCAUAUAUGAGAAAUUAGGACCAGCUCAGAAGGAGGCGUUCCUGGACAUCGCAGCAUUUCUACGAGGGUGGGAUUGGCGAACAGUAGAGCGGGUCGUGGGGAAGCCGCAGUUGGAUACAUUGGUAGACCAGGCUAUGGUCAGUGCCAAACUCAAGGACGCGGAGAGCACUAGUGGCAUUUCGUUAUAUACCCGAUACUCAGAUCGACCGUGGAAGUCUGAGAUGGUGAUGAUGCACGAGCUGCUAUAUGCGAUCGCGUGCAGGCGGGCAGCUGGUAACCGCGUCUGUUCGGAAGAUCAGGCGCACUUGCCUGAGAGACUCAAGAUGGAUGGCCCUGGAAUGGAAUUGAGCGCUUUGCAGGGACUUUCGCUAAUCAGCUGUAAGGAGCCAUUGCAAGGAACUAUGCUGGAAAAGAUGCAAGGUGCACGAAUCCUAAUCCUUCACGACACUGGUGUAAAGGGUUACUGCACGAAGCCCCUCAACCAGCUUCAAUUCUUUUACUGGGGCCGGAGCAGAGUAGCCCCGGAUGUUCGAAUUCCGUUUCAAAUGGAGAGAUUAAAGAAGUUGGAGAUGUGUAUUCUGCGAGCUGCAGAAAUCGAUCUCACCAUCAAAUUCCCUUCACAAUUGAAAGAUCUCACGCUCAUCGGUUGCAACAACAUGGAGGUCGUGCACGAACACAUUCUGCAAUUGACCGGCCUCCUGGAGCUCCACCUUAUCGGUUGCAACAAGCUCCACGACCUCACCGCUGAAUUUGCUGAUAUGAAAAAUCUUCGCAAGUUCAGGUUAGAGAAUUGUUUGAGCAUUCGGAACUUGCACAGGUCUAUCGGUCAGCUUGCAAGCAUUCGUGAACUGGACUUCUCGGGAUGCACGAACAUCGCCACUCUUCCUUCCGAGAUAGGCAACGUUCAGACUCUACUCAAGCUCAACCUCGUCCUUUGCAAGUGCCUAGUGAGGCUACCUCCCGAAAUUGGAAAUCUCAAGAACUUGACUCACCUCUAUCUCGGUCAAUCUGGUAUCACAUCUCUUCCAGCUGAAAUUGGCAAACUUCGUUCUCUGGAAGAUCUCUCCCUUACUGGCUGCGUCCGGCUCGAAAAACUGCCCCCUCAAAUCGGCCAGCUCACCUCUUUGCAGAGACUAAACCUGGGUUCGUGCACUGGCAUCAAGGAACUUCCCUCGGAGUUCGGUGGCAUGAUUUCCCUCCAGAAGCUUGUGUUGAACUCUUGUACUGCCUUGGCACGUCUUCCCGAUGAGCUCUUUGACCUCGUUAACCUGCAGUCUCUGGAACUCGACUACAUGAAGCUGCUGGCUCACUUGCCGGCUGAGAUCGGCAACCUCCGAAGCUUACAGCGUUUGUCGCUGAACUGUUGUACUCGUCUCAACCGGUUGCCGCCUGAAAUCGGUAGUCUACCAGCGCUGCAAGUGCUCAACCUCGUGGGUUGCACAGGGCUCAAGCCUGAGCUUCCUAUGGAGAUUCUGAAGAUGCAAAAGGAGAAUGCUGUAUAUGUACAUAGGGAGGACGAUGCCGUAGUCCUAGAGGGACCCAACAACCCAAGCUACAAGCUUUACAGUAUGACAUACUGAUUUCCUCGAAAGUUUCAAAUAGUUCUUGGCAGCUAAAGCACUCAGGAAAUGAAUUCAUAAAGAAUUUGUCGGAGGUCGCUCUGUCAACAGUGUUCGAUUAUUAACACUCAAACGCUCUAAACGCCCAGUUUGAUGCUACUACUUCCAUAUCCAGGAGUUUGCUACCGCGUAUUUGAUCGAUUUUCUGGCGAUUUAAGUCGAAGCGAAGAAGCGAUCAGCCGUGAGAGCUUUUUUAGGGUGUUUUUCCCUCAGGUUAGGAAUUUUUAUACUGUAGAUGGGAGAAUUGGAUAGCAUUACAUUCUCUUGAAGUGAUUAUAAGCUAGGCAUCCUCUGGGUUGUAGCUCCCGCAUCAUUUAGGGCAUGUGAGGGUUGGUGAUAUGUAGAUGAGGUGGAAAUUUCAUGUGCCUGAGUCUUGUGAGGGAGAGGCGGGUGUAGGAUUUGGUAAUAGCAGUUACUGCUGUGACAAUCCCAUCAUUACAAGGGGGCAGAAACCAAUUCAAGUCUUAGUUAGUGGCUUGAUCCAUUUGUAUGUUUUCACUGUGACCGGUGGCACAACUAUUCUUAGCUGAAAAGCAAAACUGCAACUGAAUUCUGUAUUCAUGUUCGAUGCACGUAAA